AUGAAAACUAUUUUUACAGAAAUGGAUUCUAAAUCAGACUAGCAACUAGUGAAGGAAAUCAAUUAUCUUUCUCUGCGCCUACACUUCGAAUCCCCUCGCACUCAACAAGCCAUGAAAGAACUCAAUCUAACAAAACAACAAUGUCAACUCAAAAAUCUCUCGGAAUUUCUGCAAUAUCCCAAUGAAGUCGAUGUCAUGUAUUUGAAUCAUUUACAACUUUUGAAAGAUAAUCUCUCAAAUCUAGUCAAUCGAAGAAGGGAUAUUAUUGGCCCUUCAAUCAAAAUAGUAUUCACCACUCCAAAACAAUCGAAGCAGUUCAAUUUUCUCAAACGAAUCUUUGAUCAUGACCUAAAGCAGUUAUAUCAAUCAGAAAUGCUUAUUAAAUAAUAAUAAUAAAGAACCACCGACAAAAGCUUUAAAUCUGUCGAGGACAAUCUGAAAUCCAUCUCUAAAAAAGCCAAGGCUCAUAACACAACUGUUGAAAGGAAACUCUCUCUCUUAAAGUAAACUAGAGAAGAUGAAUUGGAUGAUAGAUUAAAUAAGAGUCUCGAUUUCGAUUCCAAAUUUGAACCAAUCCAAAAAUCAUUACAAGAAUCGAAAACUAAAUUCAAAGUCAUGAUGUCCUCAAAAACUCAAUAAAUAUAGGAUUAUCAUCUAGAAAAAAAGAAGAACAUUUGUGAUCAAGAGGAAUUGCGGAGAACUAAUCUAUAAUUCAAUACAAUGGAAAAGUCUUAAAGAAGUACACACUUUAAAUAAGGCAUUUCUAGUCAAGAUCGCAUUGAAUUAGUAUAAAAAUAAGAAUUAGAACAACAGCAGAAUGUAAUCAACAAAAUCGUUAAAUCAAUCCAAAGGACUUCCACAUAGACUCAAUAGAAUUAAUCGAUUAUGCAAAAUACCAUCCAGAAAAUGAAAGAAGAAUAAGAUAAAAAGAUAACUAAGGUUCAAUAAAAUCUUACUUCAAAAUCUCUAUUCUAAUCCGAACGAGAAAAUGCGACGACCUAAGAUAUUAAAGAGAAACUUAUAUCAAGCAAUACAAAAGCGAAACAACGCUUAUUGGAUAUCCAAUCCAAGCUAAAAAAUUUAAGUCAAUAAAAAUAAGAAAAAUAAUAAGAGUUACUUAAUAAUUAUACUAGUAAAAUGGAGAAGAGAAAUGAAACCAUUAUUGAAAAGCAUCUCAAAUUAAGGCAGAAACUAAAAAAGAACCAAAAAAGUAAUACUGAUAUGGUUUAAUAAAUGCAUUAAUUAAUUAUUGAAAAGGACGAGCUUAAUCAAAAUAUCACCAAGGCUUAAAGACUAAUAGUUACGAAGCCAACAAAAAAUAUUGAAGAAUUACUCAACCAUGUUCUUUUUAAUUGA